UUUUGUCGUGUUAAGUUGUUAGCUUCUGUGCCGUUUUUAUUUUGUCACCAACGUUACGUUUUUAUCGGUCGUCCGCUCAGUCAUUUUACUGUUUCUGCUCGUUACAAUUCGCAGCAACAAGUUAAAUGUACUACAAGAGCAACAAUUUGUAAUCUUAAAGUGUUUACAAAAGUUCGUCAAGUGUAUUUUAUUUUGUUAUACACGCAUGUGUGUGUCUGUGCUUCACAAUUUAAUUAAGUUUUAUUAUACUAUACACGCAAAUACAAAUCUACAUUCAUACAUAUAUAUGAUAAAGUAAUUGUUAUAUCAACAAUACAAGAAAUUCAAACAAAUACUGCAUAAUCAAGAAUUCCAGUUUGUGAUUAAUCUCAGAUACGAAACAAAAGUGAAUUUCCGGCAAAUCCAAUGUCGCCACCGAGCAGAUCAUUUGCCUAACGAACUGUUCGAAUAAUAAACAAAACAUAUACAACAAUAAUAAAUCCAAAGUCCAACGAAUAUCAAACCGCAAAUGGCCACAAACUGCGACUACAUUGAGGAUAAUGUGAAACAGCAGCAGAUCACAAAGUCAGGAGCAGCAGCCUCAGCAGGAACAACAGAAGUUGGCACAACAAAUCGAACGAGCGUCAGCUCCAAUGCCUCAUCCACGAUGAGCGAGCACGCGGAGAAGCAGGAUGGCAACGAGAAGCUGCAAAUGCUGUGUGGCAACAAUCAAAUGGACAGCUUCGAGUGCGCCUUCGAGUCCACCAUGGACGACCUGGAGCAGGCGGUGCGCGAUGGCUAUGAAUCCGAUUCGGAGGCCAGUGCCAAUGGCCAAGCCACAGGUGAAUCAUCGGGCUCCAGUUUGAGCCAGCUGGCGGGGAUCGGAGGACUGCAGUACAGUCAACAGUUGACGCCCCAAAUGGAGUUGCAGUUGCAAACGUUGCCGCGCGUCAAUUCGUUUGACUUUCAGAGCAGCAGCGGCAGCAGCAGCGAUGAUGAGAACGAUGACGAUGCCGACGAUGAUGUGGAUGAUAUGGGUGUGGUAGGUGCACUGAAUUUAAGUGCCAAGUUCGCCCGCAGUAGUGAUGCACGCUACGAUGCGUAUCAUCAGCGUCCGCCUUACUUGUUGCCACCGUUCAUGGAGCGUCGUCGUCUCUCCCAGUGCAAGGAGGAGGAUGACGAGGACGAUGGCGACAAGUCGCCGCCGGUGAGUGGCAACGGCAACGAUGCACCGCGCUUGGAGCGUGCCUCAAAGGCGCCGCCACGCCCACCAACGCCUCAAGACGCCGCCUCCAAGGAGAAGUUCAAGGAUCUGGAGCGUUUGCGUCAGCAAUUUAUGCACAAAAUCGAUCGCAUCAAUACGCGCAACAUCGAGGAGCAAUACACAUCGUUGCCACCGCCACCGCCGCCACCACCGCCUCCCAUACCGGCCACCAUAUUGCCCAAGGCACUCAAGGAGCUGCUGCAGUCAAGUGAACCACCGGUUGCCACGCCUCCGGCAGCAUCCAAAGUUGCGCCAGCUCCACUGGCCAUUCCCGAGCAGUUUACGGUGGCCACAGACGGCACAUCGCCGGCUGCCACGUUGCAGUUGCCACAUGCGGCAGAGCCGCCAAUCAUCAUCAAGGGCAAGUUCAAGGUGUCGCGGGCCCAGGAGACGCCCGAGCUGCGCAUGGAGGCGCAACAGUUGCGCGAACUGAAACCCAGCGCCAAUGCUCAGACCAUCAGUUUCCCCUCCAGCUUUGGUGGCUACUCCUCGGUGCAGGGUUUGUUCUCGCAGCGCUAUGGCAGCAAUCGGUUUCCGGUCGCUGCUCCGCACAUGUCCAAGCAGUUCUUCGACUCGUCGCUGGUCGAGAUACGCGCCCCAUCGCAGUUGUCCCUCAACAACAACGGCAGCCAGAACCAAAGUCUCAAUUGUGAUAGCAACAGUUUGGCCAACAAGCCGCGCACGCCCAGCGAACGCGAACUCGACGACAUCUGGAUACGUCGUGCUCCCGCAUUGCCCGCUCAAAUGGAGGCACGUCGCACUGCUGACGGUGCCUCGCCAACGCCAUCGGCUGCAGCUGCCACCGUUUCCGUUGCACGUCCCGUUUCCUUGGGUGGCGUCUCCACAAUGCCACGCCUACUGCAGCGCAAUGAGAGCAGCCACUCGGCGACGAGUCCAUCGAGGCAAUUGACUGCCUCCGGUUCAGUUUCCGUCUCCGUAUCGGAAGAUGAACAAGAUGGUUUAUCACGUGUGCCCGGCUCCCGACCCUCAAGUGCACCCGCGGAACCCAACGCCAAGGCGGCCAAAAAGGCCUACAAGAAGAUGGAGAAGGAGCAGCGCCGCCAGGAGAAGGAGCAAUCGCGUCGCGAGAAGGAAGCCCGCAAAAUGGAACGGGAGACGGCGCGACGCAUUGAGCGAGAAGCCGCCAAGCUGGAGAAGCUUAAUCGACACAGCGAGAAGAUCUCACGUAGCACCGAACGCAUGGUGGGCAGCGGUGGCUCACGCUCCGGUUCGCUGGAGCGACGACGCAGUGGCGAAGAUUCACCCGUGCUCAAUCAGUCGACGGUGCACGGCAUUGCGUCACCGAAUCGACGGCCCACCAUCUUCGAUGUGUUUAGACCGCGCGCCAAAUCGGAUGCCAAGCGGCACAAGGAUAAACAUUUGCUCGAUCCCUCGUCCGCCGACAGCAGCGCCACCAGCAGCACAUAUUCCGUAUCCGGCGGCACAACGGCAGCAGCAACAUCCGGCGCAGCGACGUCAGCAACGACGGCCGGUGGAGCGACGGCGGGCAGCGGUGCAAGUGGCGGCGCUGGUGGCAUCAUGAAUUCCAUGAAGGUGGCCAUGCAGCACUUUGGACAUCGCCAGCAUCCCGCCGUAACGAUAACCAAUGCCGAUGGCACCGUCUCCGCCAAGAGCAAGUACAAAGAUGGCAGCGCCCAUUUACACCAAGGCAGCGAUGCGCAGUAUUACCACACGGUGACUGCGGUGAGACCCCACGCCAAUGCCAAUCAACGAUCGCCGAUGACCAAAGUUAUGGAUCUGUUUCGCCAUCGUUCAAACUCAGCGGUCAGCGAGGCGGACAAGCGAAAAGCGCGCGUUGCGGCGCAUCAGCAACAAUUGGCUGUGCAAAGUGCUCAUAUGCGACGUGCUUCCGCUGACUUGGAGAAACGACGCGCUUCAGUUGGUGCUGCUGGUCGAAGCUUUCGAGGGGAUGGCACCCUCGAUCCACAUCAUGCAGCUAUACUAUUCAGAGACUCCAGAGGGUUACCUGUUGCCGAUCCUUUCCUCGAGAAAGUCAAUCUAUCCGAUUUCGAGGAGGACGACUCACAGAUCUUUGUGAAGUUCUUUCGUUUUCACAAGUGUUAUGAUCUGAUACCCACCUCCGCCAAACUGGUCGUCUUUGACACUCAACUGCUGGUGAAGAAAGCCUUCUAUGCGUUGGUCUAUAAUGGUGUUCGUGCAGCGCCACUCUGGGACUCGGAGAAGCAACAGUUCGUGGGCAUGCUAACCAUUACGGACUUUAUCAAGAUCUUGCAAAUGUAUUAUAAGUCACCCAAUGCGUCUAUGGAACAGCUGGAGGAGCACAAACUGGAUACGUGGCGCAGUGUGCUGCAUAACCAGGUUAUGCCAUUGGUCAGCAUCGGGCCAGACGCUUCCCUCUACGAUGCCAUUAAAAUUCUCAUACACAGCCGCAUCCAUCGACUACCGGUGAUUGAUCCAGCGACUGGCAAUGUCCUGUACAUAUUGACACAUAAACGCAUACUGAGGUUCCUGUUUUUAUAUAUUAAUGAAUUACCAAAGCCCGCAUAUAUGCAAAAGAGUUUGCGCGACCUGAAGAUUGGCACCUACGACAACAUCGAGACAGCCGACGAGACCACAAGCAUUAUCACAGCGCUCAAGAAGUUUGUGGAGCGUCGUGUUUCGGCUCUGCCUCUUGUCGAUAGCGAGGGACGACUCGUAGACAUUUAUGCCAAGUUUGAUGUGAUUAAUCUCGCCGCCGAGAAAACCUACAACGAUCUCGAUAUCUCGCUGCGCAAGGCGAACGAGCAUCGCAACGAGUGGUUCGAGGGUGUGCAAAAGUGCAAUUUGGAUGAAUCGCUGUACACGAUAAUGGAGCGAAUCGUUCGCGCUGAGGUGCAUCGUCUAGUCGUAGUCGAUGAGCACCGCAAAGUCAUUGGCAUCAUUUCGCUUUCGGACAUAUUGCUUUAUCUGGUGCUGCGGCCCAGUGGUGAGGGCGUCGGUGGCUCCGAGAGUUCACUGCGUGCCUCUGAUCCUGUGCUGUUGCGCAAGGUCGCCGAGAUGGAGGCUGAAGCGCCGCCACGCAGUCCAUCGGCUGCCAGCUCCGGCAAUCGUAGCCUUAUCGAGGACAUACCCGAGGAGGAGACAACAGCAACGGGAGCGCCAGCUUCAGCGUCAUCGCCAAAAGGCGAUGCUGAUAGUGAUAAUAAUAAAUCCGCCAGUGAAGACAAAGCCAAUAAUAAUCAGCACGAGCUGACGCCCAAUGGUGAUAGCAAUAACAGUCCAACCGAAGUGUCCUUUGCCGAUGAGGCGCAAGAGAAUGCCGACGACCUGGUCGAGCGCAGUAAUUGUGAUGAAAAUAAUGAUGAUGAUGAUGAUACUGAUGCUGAUCAGAAUCGGGAUCAGGAUCGGGAAUUGGAGCGCAAAAAGGCAGCCGCUGUCGCUAUCAAUGCGACGGCGCGAACGGGAACAGGAACGGGAGAUGACGAUGAUGGCUUGAGCAGUGCUGUUUCGGCUGCCUCGGCGCUCGGUCAGACGCUGGCCACGCCCACGGCGCGAGAGAUGGCGCUGGUUAGUGAAUAAAUUUUUAAUUUAAAUAAAUAACAAAAACAAGAAACAACCCAAAUACAAAUUAAAGAAAAACAAAAAAUACAAUUAUGAGAGAAAGAAGAGGAGGAAACAAACAACAAUAAUAAGAAAUAAAAGCAAAAACAAAAACCUAAAAUAAAGAAAAAACAUUAAAUUUGAAUAUUAUUAGUUGUUAGGCGCAAAAGUUAUUAUUAUAUACGAGAAAAUAUGAUUAAAACUAUGAAAUAUUAUAAUUAUGUAUUUUACAAAAAGCAACUAAAAACACAUAACAACAAACACACACCUGUUAACAAGAAAUGUUUAUAUAUAUUAUAUUUAAAAAAAAAAGGAAGCAAAACAAAAUCAACAAAUUAAAUUAGCAUGUCUUUAAAUUAUGUAAUUGAUUAUUAUAUAAUAGUAUAGAACAAGUCA